GUCAUAAAAAUACUGAAGUAAAUACAAAUACCGAACUUAAGUACGAAGUAUUUGUAAUUUAUAUUCCAGACAACUUCAGUGUCAGUGAACGCAUCAGCCAAAACGAGCUUGCGCUAUGACGUCAUACAACUAAGGUACAGAAGGCGACUCUGAAUUAAACCAAUAGAUAAGCAAAUAACGUUACGUCAUCGGCUGUACUCAAGUUCCCUGCAUUUAACCAACUUCAGUCAAUUGGGUCCGUUGCUGAGUAUAUGUCCAUCUUCCUUAGUUUGACAUAAAGGCGUACGCGUGAAAAUAGUUGGUCUUCCAGUCAAAGCUCAACAUCUCAGGCGAAUAAAAGGCGGACGGUAAUGUGAGUACAAAUUACUCUCGGCCAUUUCACCAAUAGUUCAAUUUUCCGAUCGAGAUUUUGGAAGUUCAAAAAAAAAAAUUCCGAAUCGAACUUUAACGCAGCACAAGUGCCACUUCUAUAGGAUAAAAUUCAAGUUACACACGAGUUACAAGUUGACAAUUGAGUAAUCAUGACUGCAUGAUUUAUGAUGCUAUAUGCUGCUGACUGUGCGAGAGCGAGCGAGCGAGAGAGAGAGAUCGAGAAAGAGAGAAUGCAUGUGUGUAUGCAUGUUUGUGCAGAAGGAGAAUUAUAUUCACGAAGCAUGGAAACUGGGCCAGACUGGGAUCUUGUCCAUGAUCAGCAGAAGUGAAAGGAAAAGGGUGAAUCAGGCACACAGUAACUAAAGCAAGUAUUCCUGACUACUUUGAGGAAACAUCAACUUGACACCGAAGCAUGCCGAAGAAGAAGAAGAAAAAAAUCAUUCCACUGAGCAAGGUCUUCAGCAUCGAAAUGGCCAUGGAUUGCAUUAAGCUGUUGGGGGAUGGCAAACAGCGCCUCAAUCUCAGCUUCAAAGAGUUUGACGCAGUCCCAGAAAGCAUCCAGAAACUGUGGCGAGUCGAGGAACUGAUCCUGGGCAGAAACCUCAUCGUUGAGCUGCCUGACUUUCUUCGUGACUUCACCAAAAUCCAGGUUUUGGACCUGCACAGCAACUAUCUGGAGAAAAUCCCCCCAACCAUCGGGCUCCUAAAGAGCCUGGUGGUUUUGAAUUUGUGCAACAACCGUCUAAAACAAGUCCCCAAGGAGCUGGGCUUGCUGCAGAACCUCGAGAAGCUCUACUUGGGUCUCAACAAGCUUCAAAUACUCCCCAAAGCCAUGGGGGAAUUGCAUGAGCUCGUCUACAUCGGCCUCUCUGACAACAGAUUUUCCGUUGUGCCCACGUGCUUGGCAAACCUCCCAAAGUUGGAAAAAAUCAACCUGGACAGAAAUCCCUUUCCUCCGCCCCCAGACUUGAAGAAAAUGGCUCUCCCGAAAACAUUUUUCAUGGUUAAUGCGUACAAUCUAUGUGAGGUCUGCCUUAAGAAUUGCAGAGCAGACAGAAAGAAGCUGCUGAACGCAGGACAAGUUAAGGCUACUGAGGACGUGCCACGAGUGGAGACCGUUACCUAAAUCUAUUUGGACACUGUUUUGGGAAUUAAUACCAGUAGCCAAAUUUCCCUGACCCCUGAUAAACCCUCAAGCAGCAGAAAAUCGAUUUGUGUCCACUAGAGGGCUGCAAAGACUUCUGGUCAUAAAGAUAGUCACUCAGUAAAAUUCCAAGGAAAUUUAAAUGAUUUUUUUAUUCUAGGUAACAAUAUAAAUGUAUAAAUCCAUUUGCAAUUUGAAUAAUUAAAUGGGUGGUAAAAGCAGUGACUAAUCUGUUGAUUGCUUUAACACUUGUUUGUUCACCACAUUAUUUCCAGGAGAUAAUCAAUUCUUCCCUUCGCGCCGAUUUCUGGUGACUGACUCGCCAGCGGUCGAUAAGACUUGAAAAAAGUGCAAAUAACCUCGCAGUCCACUGACUUGUCUUUUUUUUUUUUUAACC